AUGGACAACAUAUCCUAUGUGAUCUUUACAGUUUCUGGACCAAAGGAUUUCAAAGCAAAUAAGUAUGUCUACUUUGCUUUUACUAUUAUGGUCUAUUUUUUAAUUAUUUUAUUUAAUCUGACUCUCAUUGUGACUAUUAUUCGAGAAAGAGCACUCCAUGAGCCCAUGUACAUCUUCCUGUGUAACUUGUGUUUUAAUGGACUGUAUGGAACAGCUGGUUUCUACCCUAAAUUCAUAUCUGAUAUAUUGCAUGAAACUUAUGUGAUCUCAUAUACUUGGUGUUUCUUGCAAGCAUUUGUUAUCUAUACAUCUUCUAUGUGUGAGUACACAACUUUAGUAGUAAUGGCUUAUGACAGGUAUGUGGCAAUAUGCAAGCCUUUAGAGUAUCACUCUAUCAUGACAACUCGGGCAAUUGUAAAAUUACUUGUAUUUUGUUGGGUUUUCCCAUUUAUUGCUAUGUCCAAUGCAAUUGUGUUAGCAAGCAGGUUGCCAUUAUGUGGAUUUCAUAUUGAUAGACUCUACUGUGAUAACUGGUCAGUUGUGAAGCUGUCUUGUGUGCCGACUACAACUAACAAUAUCUAUGGGUUUGUUGUAAUCAUGUUGUUUAUGGCACAUGCCGUAUUUAUUGUGUAUUCCUAUAUGAAAUUGGUCCAUGCAUGCCAAAAAUCAAAGGAGAACAAAAACAAAUUUAUGCAGACCUGUAUGCCACAUUUGCUUUCCUUAAUCAACUUUACAAUAGCUGUACUUUUUGAUGUAAUGUUCAGUCGAUAUGGAUCAAGGGAUUUCCCAAACAGUGUACGUGACUUCCUGCAGCUUGAAAUACUACUAUUCCCCCCUCUCUUUGAUCCAGUCAUAUAUGGGUUAAAGCUGACUGAGAUACGUAAAAGAGUUCUGCAAAAACAUAAGGAACGUAAAAUUAAUGUUUCUCGACCUAAAAGAAAUUAA